GCCGGCGCCAGGAAGGGCGGUAAGCUGGGGGAGCAGAUGAAGCACUGCGACGCCAUCUUGAAGGAGAUGCUGUCCAAGAAACACGCCGCCUACGCCUGGCCCUUCUACAAGCCGGUGGACGCCGAGGCGCUGGAGCUGCACGACUACCAUGACAUCAUCAAGCACCCCAUGGACCUCAGCACCGUCCGGAAAAAAAUGGACAAAGGAGAAUACAGCGACCCACAGAGCUUUGCCACAGACGUCAGGUUAAUGUUCUCCAACUGCUACAAGUACAACCCCCCCGACCACGAGGUGGUGGCCAUGGCCCGCAAGCUGCAGGACGUGUUCGAGAUGCGCUUUGCUAAGAUCCCGGACGAGGGCCUGGAGGUCUCGGUCCCGUCCACCACGCCGGUGGUCAGUAAAAGCACCGCCUCCUCCGACAGCAGCAACAACUCCUCCUCCGACGAAUCGUCGGACUCCGAGGAGGAGCGAGCCACCCGACUGGCCGAGCUACAGGAGCAGGUUGGUGCUGCCGACCAAUCACAGCUGAAGGCCGUGCACGAGCAGCUGGCCGUGCUGUCGCAGGCGCCCGUCAGCAAGCCAAAGAAGAAGAAAGAGAAGAAGGACAAAGAGAAGAAGAAGGACAAGGACAAAGGGAACAAAGCCAAGAUAGAAGAAGAGAAGAAACCCAAGGCCGCCGCUCAGCAACCCAAGCCAGCCAAUCAGAAGAAAGCACCAGCCAGGAAAGCCAACAGCACGGUACCGGCCACCAGGCAACCCAAGAAAGCCAACAAGACGCCGGGCGGCGGAUCGGCCAACGGCGACGACGGCGAGGAGUCGUCCCUGCCGAUGUCGUACGACGAGAAGCGGCAACUGAGCCUGGACAUCAACCGGCUGCCGGGCGAGAAGCUGGGCCGGGUCGUCCACAUCAUCCAGUCCAGGGAGCCGUCGCUGAGGGACUCGAACCCCGACGAGAUCGAGAUCGACUUCGAGACGCUCAAACCCUCCACGCUGCGCGAGCUGGAGCGCUACGUCAAGUCCUGCCUGCAGAAGAAGCAGAGGAAGCUGCUGCAAAAGGCAGCUGGGGGCGGAGCCUCAGGGGGCGGGGCCAGCCGCCUGAGCGGCAGCUCCUCUUCCUCCUCUGAUGACAGCUCCUCGACAGGAUCCUCCUCUUCCUCCGACACAGACUGAGAACACGGUUCAGUUCACACAGACAGGACUGC